UCUCCAAUCUCUGUAACUACUCCCACAAUUUGAUCAAACCCCAUCUCCAAAAGACACCCAGAAAUCUAGUUAACACCUGAAACUCCUAAUCUCUUCCCAUCAGCUCAGAUCAGCAAAUUACACUACUUCCAGUUAGCAUAGAAGCUACAGCUGAAACAAGACGAAGGGAGCUGCUAAUCUGCUAUAGAAGAAAGAAGAGAAACAAGGGCUUGUUUGGAUUGUGUUUAGAUGGAGUUGUUCCCUGCACAGCCAGAUUUGUCUCUGCAAAUUAGUCCUCCGAACACCAAACCCGCAUCAUCUGGUAGUUGGAGGAGAAGUGCAGAAGAAGAAGAGGCGGCCGAGGUGGAUUUGGGGUUCUGGAAAAGAGCCUUCGACUCGAGAAACUCAUCCAUCUCCUCCGAUACCUUCUCCAACCUCUCGCUAUCGAAUCCGACUCGCCUCUCUCAUGAUCAGUACUCCAACACCAACCGAAUCAACCAUUUCCAUCACCAAAACCACUUCGGGCUCCAAAAUGGCCAUAAUGGUAACACUAAUGGUCUCCUUUUCCAUGCCUUUCAGCAAAACCAGUUCCUAAACCCUCAACACCAACUUCAUCAUCACCAAAGGGUAUUCAAGCAACAGCACCAGCAAGAACAACAACAAGGAGAAUACUUAGGCCCAGAGCUUGGGUUCUUGAGACCCAUAAGAGGAAUUCCAGUGUACCAAAACCCUCCUCCUCCAAAUCCUCAUCUUCAUCACCAUCAUCCUCCCCCUAAUUUGUUCCCAUUUUCUACACAAAAUAUUAAACCUAGUCUAAAUUUGGACACUACGGCCACUUCAAUAUCCUCAUCCAACAGUACAUUAAGCUCACCCUCGAGUAACCCGUUUCUCCGGUCGAGGUUCUUGUCCCGUUUUCCGGCCAAACGUAGCAUGAGAGCUCCUCGGAUGCGGUGGACUACCACGCUACACGCUCGCUUCGUUCACGCCGUUGAGCUUCUGGGUGGCCAUGAAAGGGCAACACCAAAAUCAGUUCUUGAGCUUAUGGAUGUGAAAGAUCUCACCUUGGCACAUGUUAAAUCCCAUCUGCAAAUGUACCGGACGGUGAAAACUACUGAUAAAGCAGCGGCAACUUCAGGACAGUCUGAACUAUGUGAAAAUGCUUCAUCUGGGGAUACCACUGAAGAUAUAAUGUUCGACAAUAUCAAUCAGAUUCCAACAAGGUCUUCUGAGCAGGGACGAUUGAAUCAUGCUCAAGAUAAGGAGUAUUAUGGUGGCCUAUGGAGCAAUUCUUCAAGCAGAGAAGCUUGGUUGCAUGGAUAUAAACCAAAGGAUGAUUCUGCUGGAAAUAUGCCAUCUCUUCUUGAUCAUGAGAAGGACAUGAUGGAUUCCAAAGGAUUAAGAAGUAGCUAUGAGAGGAUAUCAGAUGUAAGCUCCUCAACAAAUCAUUCAGGGACAACAAGCCCCAUGAAGCCUAAUUUGGAGUUCACUUUGGGGAGAGGAGGCCACGUUAAUUAGUUAAUUGAUCAUCAAUUAAGUCAUCAUCAGAUUUUAAUUUUGACUAAUUAAUUACAGAUGAUCGAUUUGUGUCUCUGAAUGGGAGCUGGGAAUGAAGAGAUGAGAGAAAUCAGAGAAUGGGGUACCCUUGUAGGAGUUGUAGCUAGCUGGGAAAAAUCAGGGAGAUGAAAAAAAAAAGAGAAAUUAAAGAAAAGAAAAGGAAAAGUAAAAGGAGAGGUGAAGAAAGACAAGGAGACAAGAAAGACAGAAAGCGACAAAAGGAGGAAAAAUGAAAAAGAAAAGCAUGUCCUGCAAUUCCUAUCAAUUCAUUCCUAUGAGAUCCCAAUCAACAUUUUAUAUUAAUUAUUCCAUCUCCAAGCUAGUCUACGUAAAUAUAUGAAAUCUAAUUGAUUCUGUAUGUUUUUUUUUUUGCACUGAGAGAGACAGAGAAAUGCAUGAGAAAGAGAAGAGAGAGAG